UCUCACCCAACUCCUACAUGUAUGUUUAUAUAUAUAAAUAUAAAUAAAUGCAGUGGACAUCCACAGUGAUACACUACCGUUCAAAAGUUUGGAGUCACCCAGACAAUUUCGUGUCUUCCAUGAAAAAUCACACUUUUAUUUAUCAAAUGAAUAUAAAAUGGAGUCAAGACAUUGACAAGGUAAGAAAUAAUGAUUAAUAUUUGAAGUAUUAAUUUUGUUCUACAAACUUCAAGCUCAAAGGAAGGCCAGUUGUAUAGCUUAUAUCACCAGCAUAACUGUUUUCAGCUGUGCUAGCAUAAUUGUACAAGGGUUUUCUAAUCAGACAUUAGUCUUCUAAGGCGAUUAGCAAACACAAUGUACUAUUAGAACACUGGAGUGAUAGUUGAUGGAAAUGGGCCUCUAUACACCUAUGGAGAUAUUUCAUUAGAAACCAGACGUUUCCACCUAGAAUAGUCAUUUACCACAUUAACAAUGUAUAGAGUGUAUUUUUGAUUAAUUUAAUGUUAUCUUUAUUGAAAAAACAGUGCUUUUCUUUGAAAAAUAAUGACAUUUCUAAGUGACCCCAAACUUUUGAACGGUAGUGUAUUUAUCAGGGUACCAGUUGAAGCCACCGACCAGACACGAUUCACAAGGGCUGGCCCGGUUUGUUCUACCAAUGUGGGAGUUGCCAUUGUCACUUAUCUAUUCCGUGUCACUCUUAUUUUCCCAAAGCAACAAGUUUUGGAAUAUGCAUUGGAUCGAGCCGAGUACAUUGUGGAAAGUGCUCGACAACGACCAGUCAAAAGAAGAAUCUCAUCCGGUGGGAGGAAGAGUUUGUAUCAGAAGCUCUAUGAGCUGUACAUAGAGGAAUGUGAGAAAGAGCCAGAGUUAAAGAAUUUUAGGAGAAAUGUGAAUUUACUGGAAAAGCUGGUAUCUCAGGAGUCCGUCUCAUGCCUGGUGGUCAACUUGUACCCUGGGAAUGAAGGCUACUCUCUAAUGCUCAGGGGCAAAAAUGGAUCUGAUUCUGAGACCAUCCGUCUGCCAUAUGAAGAAGGAGAACUCUUGGAGUACCUAGAUGCGGAGGAGUUGCCUCCUAUUCUGGUGGAUCUGUUGGAAAAAUCGCAGGUGAACAUCUUCCAUUGUGGCUGUGUAAUCGUAGAGGUGAGAGACUACAGGCAGUCUGGUAGUACCAAGAUGCCCACCUAUCAGAGCAGACACGUCCUGCUGCGGCCAACCAUGCAGACUCUGAUCUGUGAUGUCCAUGCGAUGACCAGUGACCACCACAAGUGGACACAGGAUGACAAAUUACAACUGGAGAGUCAGUUGAUUUUGGCCACGGCUGAACCCCUGUGCCUGGACCCCUCCAUUUCUGUCACCUGCACAGCCAAUCGCCUGCUCUACAACAAACAGAAGAUGAACACUCGCUCCAUGAAACGGUGUUUCAAGAGGCACUCUCGGGCUUCACUAAACAGGCAGCAGGAGCUUUCCCAGCUGCCACCGCAGCUCCGACUCUACGACUACCUGCUGAGGCGGAAGGAGAGGAAACCCGCUCCCGCUGCAGACCUUAAGAUCUCAAAGAUCGGAAACUGUGUCGACAUGUGGAAGCAGAGCAACUGCCAACUUACUGUACCGAAGGAGAUCGAUGUGGAGAAGUAUGCUGUGGUUGAGCGAUCGCUGCAGUUGGACGACUCUCAGCCCACCACUGUGAUCUGGCCUGCCGAGGAAAUUGUAGAUGACUACACAUUUGAGUGUGAAGUCGGGGGCCAACCCAGGAUGACCAAGGUGUCUAUCUUCCAGUCGAUGGGAGACCCGCUGGUGUAUGGGAAGAUAUACUGUGCUAAAGAACCAAAAGCCGAAGAUGACAACUCUGAUCUAAAGCUCAUACAUUCCCCCUUCCUCAUAGGCUCCAAGAUCGAUGCAGAUCGGUUUCUUACUCAGUACAAAGGAGUGUAUGAGAGCGAUGUGAAGUGUGAGGUCAAGAUGUCCCAUAACUCAGGCAACGUGGGACAGGGGCCUCUCUCUCUGAGCAAAGAUGAGGGUGAUGGUAUUUCUCCUCUAGUCCAGUCGCCUGCUUUGGGAAAAGGGGCAAAGCAUCGACCGCCUCCCAUAAAACUGCCUUCUGGAUCAGGCAACAGCUCCUCAGGUAAUAUAUAUAGUUCACAAACCACCAGUGGUCUACUCAAGUGUCCUACGCCCCCUCCAGCCAAAAGCCAGUCUCUGAACAGGAAGCACUCCAUGGAGCUGAGCCAGGUGGGCCUGCUGUCACCUGCCUCCCUCUCCCCCAUGGGCUCCACACAGAGAUUGGGGACUCCCAAGCCAUCCACCCCCACACCCACCAACACGCCGUGCUCGACCCCGCACCCCGCCGACUCCCUCUGUGCUCCUCUCUCGUUGACCCCCACCCCGUCGGACCCUCCCAUGCUUCAGAGCCAGUCGCAGUCCGCCCUCCUCGCGCCCUACGCCCAGCAGCAACUGGCUCUAAGCCAACCGCUGCCCGUCAUGACCAUUCCCCUGCCCGCCAUGGGCACGUCCAUCGCCACGGGAACCACCUCGCCGCAGGUCAUGGCCAACGCGGCGGGGCUCAAUUUCAUCAACGUGGUCAGCUCCGUGUGCAGUCCUCAGAGCUUGAUGGGCGGCUCUAACCCCAUGCUGGGGCCAGGCCUUAACUUAAGUGGAAUCCUUCCAACCGGAGGACUGAUGCCCACCAUGCAGUCCGCAGCACAGGCCGGGAGUCCGUUUGGCCUGAACAGCAGCGCUGGGUUGAGACCACUGAACCUACUGCAGAUCCCCACUGGCCCUCUCAUCUUUAACUCUCUGCAGCAGCAGCAGUUGUCUCAGUUCUCCCCACAGCAGAGUCUGUCGGCCACUUCCAGUCCUCAACAGCAGGGGGAGACGGGCGACCAGGGGUCGGAUCAAAGUUUAGGAAACCAGCAAACGGCGGUCAUCAACCUGGGAGUCGGAGGUUUUAUGUCAUCACAGGCGGCCGUACUGUCCCAGUUGAGCUGCGGGCUGGACGGGUCUGGGCCCCUGCUGCCUUCUCCAAGGCUUCAGCAGCAGCACCAGCCACAGAUCCAAUUGCAAUUCUUGCAGCACCAAAUGCAGCAGCAGCAGCAAAUGGCUAUGGGAGCAGCAGCAGCAGCUCCUCAGGGGGGAGCACCACGGCAACAUACCGCCAGCCAACCAAGAAGUAAGAGGAAGAGGAGCAUGCCACAGCCCCUCCCCAAGUCAUGACAGACUAAACAUCACACACACACACACACACACAAAAACAACCUUCCCCCAGCAACACAAGGACAUGAAUGAUCCAUACUGUGCUCUUUGUCUGCCUCACUGUGGAGACUGCAGACCAAAACAAAAAAAACGAAAGAUUUUUUGUUGUCCUUUUUCUAGCUGACAAAUGUGUAUGUAAUGGUUGCCAGAGGUUUUUGGAGAACCACAACUGUGUCCACCAUAGGGGAUUAGGGUUUGAAGACCCGGGAGCCCCACACUUAAAAGAACCGUAGUGAUAUUUUUUUGUUUUUUUAGAUGAAACGGAGUAAGAUGGUUCUCGUAGGUGGCGGGCUUUCACAAAAUAUCACAGCGACCCUUCAGGAAGUAUUUUUCUCUGCGGGCGGCUGAAGGGGUUUUGAAUCCAUAUUCUUGGAGGAUCCCUCAGGAGCGUGUCCGACUCUCCUGCCUCUGCUCGGUUGACACCGGUGGAAACUGCCCUUUAAGCACGGAUCCCAGUGAGCUCUCGACACCAAAUCCUCCCGUUUAAACCAUUACAUGUGAAAAUGCAAAAUCGAAUCUUGGCGUAGUGCCUGGGGGCAGCUCUCUACCUCCGUCUGUUGGAAGUCUUUUCUUCCGUUCGCCAUCCAGGCACAGGGCUCGACCGGGGGAACUCAAGAUGAACAUGCAAGACGGUGUAUCUGCUUUUGUACAACGCAUUUUUUGGAAAAAGGCAUUUUCCUUUAAAUUAGUUCGGGAGCCACGAGCGUAUUCUUACGAGACGUCGAUUGAGUGUGUAUGCGAGACGUUUCUGGACACUGAGAAAUACUUUUUUAAGCAGUCUUUGUCAGCAGUUUUAUUGUUAUAAAAAAAAAAAAGAAUAUAUAUUGACAGUUGAAAAUACAGCUUUUUAGAUAAAAAAAAAAAAGUGUC